CGAAACAGUGAUACUCCUGUGUGAAUCGACAGUUAGGAACAACCCUAAAAUACUAUAACAGCAGAAAAGCAUACUUGCUGCCCUACUAGAGUAGUGUAGAGUUCUGCUACCAAGUGGCGGCAACAUGGCGACCGAGCACGACGAAGAUGUGGAGGUCAGGGUGUCUGACGCGGAUAGCGACGCGCAUGAGAAAGCAGAGGCGGCGAGCGACAACGGCACCGAAGCCCUAAAAGGGGACCAGGACAGUCUGGACGUGGAAGCCCCAAGCAAACCACAAGCUUCAGCUUCUGAGGAUGACCGUGAUACGUACGAGAGCUGCGGUGGCACCAGCGACGACAGUCUCACAGGCAACGCACAAAAGAAGAAGCGCAAAAAGAAAAGCAAGCUAGGGCUUGAUGGCACGGUCACGGAACCCGAAGAGGACAUUGUCCCGAUUUCGGGAUCAGAGCCCCAAACACCGGACACCGCAGGCGAUGCCAAUUCCAAACAGAAUGGAGAUACGUCAAAAAUCGCACGCGACACCAACGCUGAAUUAAGCGCCAAGAAAAGCGGGACGGAUACCGGUACCACAGACGGCGCGGACGGGGAGAAGGAGCGCAAACACCGCCACCAUCGCACACACACGUACUCGCGCGAAACAUCUCAUAAUGCAGACGCAGCAGAGACUAACCAGUUUGUGGAUGAGGACGAUAAGGCUCGCGCGAAGAGAGAGCGUAAGGAAGCCAGAAAGGCCCUCAAGGAACAACUCAGGAAGGAACGGAAGGUGGAGAAGGAGAUAGAAGAAGCAGCCAGAUUAAAACGUGAAGCCGAAGAACGCGCACGCAUAGAAGCCCAACGCAUAGCCGAAGAGAAACGACGCAAGCUAGAGCACCAUCAGAAGAUGAAGGCCGCCAAGCUGGCCAAGAGAGACGCCCACGUGAAGUACCUGGAACGGAUGCUGACUGAAUUACAGACCCGAUUGGCGAACGCACGACUCGAUUUGGAGCGAGUGCAAGAUAUUGACACGGAUGACAGCCUGUCUGACACCUCCAUUGACACUGACACUGACACCCCCUCGGACUCGGACUCAGACUCAUAUGGCUCAUCUCGCAAGAAGAAAUCGAGUGGUAAGCCAAUGGGACAUGUGAACGCACGAGGCCCUCCCAUGCGAACGAGACCACCAUCGGGUGCACGCCCCCUAUCUGGCGGUCGAGGUAUGCACUACGGACCUCACCCCAAUAGAAAUGGCCCAGUCCUGCGCGUUAAUUCCAGAGGACAGCCUGUGCCUGGUACCGGUCCGCUUUCGAGAGAAGGUUCAACCCAGCCCGCAGCGUACGGUGGGCCCGGCGGACCGCCAGGACCACCACACAUGCAACGACCACACAGCAGAGGAAACUCAAACACACCGCAGAGAAACCACAUAGGCGUUUCACCACAGGGACACCACCUGCCACCCGCAGCCAAUAGCCGAGCCCAGACACUAUACUCCUCAACUGACCCACAAUCAUACGGUGUGGAUGCCAAAUCCCAAUUAGAGGCCGAUAUGGAUCAGUACAGACGUAUCACUUAUGAGAAGGCCAAAGGAUCAGAACGCGUGGCAGCUGAGGACCUCGACGCAUUCUCCACAGCCAAUGAGGGCGGCAGACAAACACAAGUCACGCUACGCAAAACACCCGACGAGUCCCUUGGGUUCAUGAUUACAGAGACGAGUCGGUCGUCCUUGCUGCCGUGUGUCUUCGUGUCACACAUCUAUCCGGGAGGCGCCGCUUCUCGAAGUCACUUACUCCACGUGGGCGAUACUAUACUCGCAGUCAAUGGGGUGUCACUGGUGGGUCUGCCCUUUAAAGAAUCGCUGAAGCUCUUCAAGGACCUCAGUGUUGGAACUGAAAUCAACUUGACUGUGGUACCGGUCGACCCGGCUGUGACUGUGACCAUCGACAGACGAAUGUCUCCCGCGGGAAAACUGGGAUUGGAUGUACUUCAUGCGGAGAUUGUGGCCGUGGAUAGAGGCGGUGCUGCGGAGAUAGCUGGGGUCAAGCCGGGGCAUUUGAUCCUGGAAGUCAACGGACAGUCCGUGGUUGGCUGGGACCACGAAAGUAUUGUACGGUCGAUGAAGGCUGAGAUUGUGACCUUGAAGACCAUGCCCCGAGAUUUGUUCGCAACACUAAUGAAGCACGAGACAUCGCGACUAGAAAAGAAGCCUAAGGGUGCUAAUAGAAACAUAUAAGAUAGAAAAGAAGCCUAUGGGUGGUAAUAGAAACAUGUAACGACAGGAAACUGAAAGCAAUCAUCUAAUAAAGUCUUUUGGCGCA